CCACCAGUGGUAUCGUUACCACAGUUACCACAUGGUUAGCUAUUACCUUACCAAUAUGGCGUCGGUAUAGGUACCACUUUACGUUUCGUCGUGACGUCGUAACAUCCACUUGUGUAAUAUUCACUGCUUGACAUUGUGUAUGUUAUGUGAUCUUACUCUCAGACUUCAUUUGAGACGUCCUUUGCCAGUUAGCGGAAAAUAAGAACGAAGUUUAAAAUGUUAUCUUCUGUUGCAGUAAAGACCCUGGUGAACAGGGUAUGCCUGUCAUUGAGACCCGCUGUAACGGGGCUGAUGUCGGCCCGUGGUUAUCGAGGAGAGGCGCCCGAGGACACGAAGGGUGACCUCAUUGAUAUCCCUCUACCCCCCUGGGAAGAGAAGACGGGGGAGUCCAUCAACAUCAAGAGGCGCCGUCUCCUGUACGAGAGCCGCAAGAGGGGAAUGUUGGAGAACUGCAUAUUGCUCAGCCAUUUUGCAAAGCGCUACCUUGACACAAUGAGUGAAACACAGCUUCGGCAGUAUGACAGGCUGAUCAAUGAGCCUACUAACGACUGGGAUAUCUACUAUUGGGCUACAGAGGCCCUGCCAACACCUGAACCCUACGAAGGAGAAAUCAUGGAUAUGUUGAAGGAAUACACAAAGAAUCGGGACCAGGAACAGCGGUUGGAUGCCCCGAACCUGGAGUAUCUGGACAAGUAGAGCCUAUCAAGCUUUAGUGCCUUCUGGACACUGCAACAGAGACUCUGCUCCAUCAGAAUAAUUCAAGCUGCACCGUCUCCAGCUUUGAGAACCACAGCCAUUAUGCCAGUAUCGACUGCUUUCCGUAAAAAUAGAGUUUGGUUGAAUAAUGUCAUUGUGUAAGCCUUUGUUUUUAAUAAGAUAUUGUAUAGGUUAGACAUGCUGGUAUUUAAUAAAGAUGCUUUGUGUGUACAAAGAUUGGAGGGUUACACUUCUACAAUUACGGUUUGUUCGAUACCUAAGUUCUAUGGCCUUUCUUGUGUACAGUUAUUAAACUAUGUUGAUUGGACUUGGUUGCCAUAGUUAUUGUCUCACGU